AUGCCUCCAGUGAUCGAUCCGGAAGAUGAAGAAGUCUAUCGUAAUCUAUUGGACACCGAACUGUUCUUCGAUAAUGUGGCCAAAGAGCUCAUAUGUCACAUAUGUUUCUCAAUUCUCAACGAUCCGGUGUUUAACGGUUGUACUGAACAGCAUUUGUUUUGUCGGACAUGUAUUACUACUUGGCUUAACACAAAAUCCGAGUGUCCUGUAGAUCGUCAGACCGUCACAAUCAAUGAUAUCCAAUCGCAACCGGCAUUCAAGAGAGUUAUCGAUGGCCUACGAUUGCGAUGUCCUAAUCAUGGGGAGGGAUGCCAAAGGACUGGUACCGUAUCGGAUAUGCGAAGUCAUGUAUCCGAGUGCAGUCGCAAUCUGUGCGGUACUCGUAACCAAUCGACGAAUUCAAAUACCGGUUCAAACAAUUCAAUAUCGAUAAAAGUUGUCUUCAAAGGCAAAAUACCAUAUAUUGUAUCGGUUAACCAAUUGGACACUGUUUUGACAUUAAGACGACGUGUUGCUGACAAAGAGGGUUUAGAUAUCCGAUAUGUAGUCCUCAACUCACAGGACGGCAAAGUACUCAAUGAUGACAAUCGCAAACUAAGUGAUUGUAAUGUAAGAGAUGGUUCACUGGUCUGGUCUACCCAAAGAUGUGACGGCGGUUUUUUGACAACCAUUUUAUACUACUAA